AUGGAUGGACCGAGCAGCGUCAGCGAUGUGGAGAUGGUCGUGCAGGACCUUCUCCAGACUUUGCUCGAGCUAGGCAUCUGCGCUGCUGAUGUAGAUCCAGCGGCAGUCGAAGGCACAGGCGAGCCGCCAUGGAAGGACAUGUCGGGCGGACUGAUCGGAUCCAAGAUCAAUGAGCUCACAGAGUCACUCGCACAGUUAUCGGCUUCAGCAGGCACCUCGGACCUCAGUCAUCGCCUCAUUCCGCUCGCCAUCAUCAAGGCUCUCGAUGCCAACAAGAACCCCGACCUCCUGACGAAAGCUCACAUCGACCGCGCGGCGUCAGAGAACCAGUAUGCAAAGGGCCAGCUCGACAGUCUGGCGGCCUAUCGAGACCUGCUGGCCGAACGGAUGGCAGACGACUUUCCUGCCUUGAAGCCGGGACUUGCGCCACAGGCUUUGUCCUCGCGAAAGCCGAAUGGCAGAUCCGGGACGCUCGAGCUGCCCCGCAAGUCGUAA